AUGAAGGAUUGGUUACGAGAAUGUGUGGAUCGGAGGUUUUACGUUGCUGACAAAUACAAGCGUGAUCAACGCUGGAAAGUUUGUGCAGCUGCAUGUAAUCGAAAUCGCACGAAAAUUAUUGGAAAGGACGGACAGGUUGAUGAAUUUCCUUAUUUCCCGAAAGAGCUUGAAGAAGCUGCUUUCCGAGAAUCUAAUGGACUACCCUAUGUCUAUGCUGAAGCUAUGGCAAAACUGCUCUUUCCCGAUACACCUCACUUGUUUUUCAAGGACCAAGAUCACGGGAAGCGGGUUUGGUUGCACGAAGUGUUGGACCGUCGCUUCCCAACUCGUGACAAACUGCAUCAUGUUGCCAAGUGGAAGUCUUGCACAACGGCGAUUAACAGGAACAAAGCAGAA